CUUUUAUAACAAGUGAUGAUCAUACCUGGUUACCAAGAAUGGCAAAAUCCAUUCAGAUCGUGGGUAGUCACUUGUUACAAGUGGUAGUGUUGGCACUAUUAGUGCUUAAUAUUGAUCAAGUCUAUGGUGACGUCACUACUGGAUGGGUCAACAUUACAAUCCUUUCAGAUGCUGUCGCUAAAGGAGCAGUUUGCUUAGAUGGUAGCCCGGCAGGUUAUCAUUAUUCCAAAGGAUUUGGAGACGGGAAAAAUAAUUGGAUCAUUUAUCUUCCGGGAGGAGGAUGGUGUAGCUCAACCAGUGAUUGCCUAAAUAGAGUGCGAACUUCACCAAGUACUUCUACCACCACUAACAUCAAUAGCACCUAUUUUGGUGGGAUAAUGAGCUCAAACCAAUCCACAAAUCCAGAUUUCUACAACUGGAAUAUAGUUUACCUACGAUACUGUGAUGGGUCGUCGUUUACGGGAGAUGUGGAAACUGUUGACCCGAAAACGAAUCUCCAUUAUAGAGGCUCAAGGAUUUUCAGCGCAGUCGUGGAAGAACUACUAACAAAAGGAUUGCAAAAUGCUCAAAAUGUUAUCCUUGCUGGCAACUCGGCUGGAGGACUAGCGACUAUUUUGAACUGCGACCGGUUUAAGGCAAUGGUGCCAAAUUGUGCCAAAACAAGAUGCAUUUCAGAUUCUGGUUUCUUCAUCCUAGCGAAAGAUCUCCCAAAUGCCGAUCACAGAGAAAGUGAAUAUGCUCAAGUUGUUCAACUUCAUUGUUUUUUCCCUAAAAAUUUGGUUGGAGAUGUUGAGACCCCACUGUUCAUACUAAAUUCUGCUUUUGAUCUGUACCAGAUCACAUUCAAUUUGAAACCUUAUCCUGGGGAUGAGCAAGGCUGGGCGAGUUGCACUAACAACACACAAACCUGCACACCUGGCCAAUUACAACUCAUAAAGGAUUUUAGAAACACAUUCCUGGAGACGGUGAAAAAUACUGGUGAUUGUCCAUCAAGAGGAUUGUUUAUCGACUCAUGCUACAUUCAUGAUCACCUUUGGUCAACUAAAAGAUGGAGCACGCCAAUAUUGAAUAAUAAGACUGUUGCAGAGGGAGUUGGCGAUUGGUUCUUUGAUCGGAGUAGUGUCAAAAUGAUUGACACUCAAGUAGACCGGCCAAUAAAUUGUCAUAUAUCAUGAAUGAUGCAAUCACAAUAGUAUUUAAAUAAAAUAGGUGGAAUGAUCCAUUUGACAUUUAUACUAUAUGAUAUGAUAUAUAUAUAUAUAUAGGGGGUGGAUCCAAUGAGACCACUCCUUAAAAUGAGUACGUGAGACUCAAUCUUAGCCACUCAUUUUGUCUAUAUCAAAAUCAAUUAAAAUAUACAUUAAUUAAAUAAUAAAAUAGUUGACCGUUGACUCCGGCGUUGACCGUUGACUCCGGCGUUGACCGUUGACUCCGGCGUUGACCGUUGACUUCCGGCGUUGACCCGUUGUAUU